UUUAAAGCUCAUUGUAUGAGAAGACCACCAGAAAGCUGAUGAACUCGAAGUCGCUAACUCGCCGAGCUAUCAGAAACGGCGCGUGUGGUAGCCGAAUUCAUCAAUCCGAGCCCUAGUUCUUCGUGAAGGCUUCUGGAAAUGCUUUGGUAAAACUACGGAUUCACUCGGUUUUAGCGUCUGCUCGUAGAUAUAGCCAUGGCCGCGAAUAACAACAAUCUUCAAAAGAACAUUGGGGGUUCGUCCCCUUUUGGGAAUUCUAUGCCUGUGAAUCCAUCACUACAGCAGCAACUGGGGUCUGGAUUCCCGGGCCAGUUUCAGUUUUCAGAAGCUCAGGCGCAAGCGCUUGCCCAGGCCCAGGCUCAGUCGAAGGCACAAGCGCAAGCUCAUGCCCAUGCUCAAAUGAUGGCAGCUCAUGCACAACUACAAGCUCAGUUGCAAGCUGCUCAGGGGCUUUCGUUUAACCAGGGUCAUCCCGGAGGAAUGGCAAACUUGGGUUCGCAGUCUCCUUCUCUUUCAGGAGCUGGAAGCAUGGGAUUGGGAGUCAAACGCUUCCCACAAAAACCACCUGUUCGUCCACCAAGCUUUGUGACAUCUAAUGUGGCCUCUCCAAUGCGGCCAAUGGAUGCCUCGGCUGCUGCUCGUAGGAAAAAGCAGAAGCUCCCAGAGAAACAGUUACAUGAAAGAGUCGCAGCUAUUUUGCCUGAGUCAGCUCUCUACACUCAGCUCCUUGAGUUUGAGUCUCGAGUGGAUGCUGCCUUGACAAGGAAGAAAAUUGAUAUCCAAGAUGCCCUAAAGACUCCAACUUACCUUCAGAAAACUCUGCGUAUUUAUGUCUUCAACACUUUUGCCAAUCAGAUUCGCACCAUUCCUAAGAAACCAAAUGCCGAGCCACCUACAUGGACUCUUAAGAUUAUAGGGAGGAUUUUGGAGGAGGGAAUGGAUGCUGAUCAGGCAGCAAUGAUGCAGAAAUCUAACCCCUCGUAUCCAAAGUUCUCCGCAUUUUUCAAGAGAGUUACCAUCACCCUCGACCAGAAAAUAUACCCUGAUAACCAUUUAAUUAUAUGGGACAGUACUCGAGCACCAGCUCCUCAUGAAGGUUUUGAGGUCAAGAGGAAAGGAGAACAAGAAUUUACUGCAAGCAUAAGACUAGAAAUGAAUUAUAUGCCUGAGAAGUUUAAACUUUCAGCAGCUUUGACAGAGCUUUUAGGUAUUGAGGUUGAUACUCGUGCCAGAAUUAUGGCUGCGGUAUGGCAUUAUGUUAAGGCUCGAAAAUUGCAGUGCCCAGAUGACCCUUCUUCUUUCAACUGUGAUCCACCACUUCAAAGAGUAUUUGGGGAAGGCAAAGUCAAGUUCACGUCAGUCACACAAAAAAUUACGCCCCACCUGUUUCCUCCACAGCCCAUUCACCUGGAACAUAGGAUAAAGCUUUCAGGAAAUAGUCCUGUAGGAACUGCAUGUUAUGAUGUAUUGGUUGAUGUUCCCUUCCCGAUACAGAGAGAAUUGAAUGCUUUGUUGGCCAACACUGAAAAGACAAAAGAGAUAGAUGCCUGUGACGAAGCAAUUUGUGCUGCAAUAAGAAAGAUCCAUGAGCACCGGAGGAGAAGGGCAUUCUUUCUUGGAUUUAGUCAGUCGCCUGUAGAGUUUAUAAAUGCACUUGUAGAUUCUCAAAACAAGGAUCUGAAGCUUGUUUCUGGAGAAGGUAGUCGCAAUGCAGAAAAAGAGCGCAAUUCAGAUUUUUACAACCAGCCAUGGUAUGAUUUAUGUUUACAUUUAUACAUUCACUUGAACAUCUUGGUGUUUUUGAUAAUAUUAUCUCUUUGA